AUGGCGCACCCACAAGCGAAUGGGCAAGUUGAGAGCGUGAACAAACAAAUAGUGGAUGGUAUAAACGCAAGGCUAGGAACCGCGCACAUGGGGUGGGUGGACGAGCUCCCAAGCAUUCUAUGGACUCACCGCACCAUGCCCAAAACCAAUACUGGCAAAAAUCCAUUCAGCUUUGUAUAUGGUUCAGAAGAAGUAAUGCCAGCAGAAGUCGGUCUCCCAUCACCGCGCAUGAUCGCCAUGGAAAAACAAGAUAAUGAACGAGAGCGAAGAAUUGAUCUGGACCUUCUCGAAGAAAGAUGCGAGAAUGCAGCCACUGCAGAAGCCAGAUCAAACAACACGUCGGCAGCACUUCGGUACCGGAAUCACGAACCUUACAAAUGA